UCCUCUGCCUUCACCUGUGUGCCACCGACAAAUUGUCUUCUUGUUUUUUUAAAGAAGAAAAUCAUUUUCUAAAGAAAAUUGUUUACUUUUGAUUCUCACGCUUACAGGAACGUAGACUACAUCGCCGAGAUCUCGUCCAAGAUUCGUUCUUUUUUUAUUGGGCUAACGGAUCCGAACCCGGCUCCGUUAUACCCAAUCUCAACGCUUUUUUGCAAUCUGCUAAUCUGGGUUAUCUGAAAGAUCUUCACUUUGCAUCGAUUUCAUCUCGCUGUUUGUGAAAUUCAGGAUUUUUAUGGUAUGUGAUCUCGAACUCAACUAAACCCACUUCACUCGAAAAAAAUGGAGACGGAAACGAAUCUCGGAGGAAAUCAGGGAUCCGUACGGAAAUCGGAGCUGAAAUCAUACAGUCACAAGCAAUUUCACUCUACGAAUGCGUUAGAGAUCUUGAGAGAAGCCGUUCGAAUCCUCCGGUACAAUCUAGGUGCUUUCAUGUUAACCGCUGCUGUUUUGAUCUGUCCUGUCUCUGCUUUCCUCUUACCCAACUUUCUAGUUGAUCAAUCACUAGUGAACAAACUCACAGUGAAGCUUCUCUUAGUGGCAAAGUCAAGCGGUCUUCCUUUGCAGCCAUUUGUCAAACACUCUUGUCAGAAAUUCGCUGAAACUGCUGUUUCGUCGGCAAUGUGUUUCCCUUUGUUCAUCACCGUGUCUCUCUUGUCUAAAACAGCAGUGGUUUACUCUGUGGACGCCACUUACUCUAGGGAAAUAGUCGAAGUUAGCAAGUUCUUAGCUACAUUGCAGAAGAUAUGGAGACGAGUUGUGUUCACUUACAUGUGGAUUUGCAUUCUGAUUGUUGGUUGCUUCACUUUCUUCUGCGUUCUCCUUGUAGCAAUCUGCAGCUCCUUCUCUGUUCUAGGCUUCUCACCAGAUUUCAGUGUUUAUGGAGCCAUCUUAGUUGGUUUAGCGUUCUCUGUAGUUUUCGCCAACGCCAUUAUAAUCUGCAACACAGCGAUCGUGAUCUCGGUUCUUGAAGACGUUUCAGGGGCAGGAGCUUUGGUGAGAGCUAGUGAUCUGAUCAAAGGCCAGAUUCAGGUGGGUUUGUUGAUAUUCCUAGGGUCGACUUUAGGAUUGGCGUUUGUGGAAGGACUGUUUGAUCACAGAGUGAAGAAGGUGAGUUAUGGAGAUGGGUCUUCGAGGCUAUGGGAAGGACCUCUUUUGGUGUUGAUGUAUUCCUUUGUGACACUUAUUGAUUCGAUGAUGAGUGCAGUGUUCUACUUCAGCUGCAGAGUUUAUUAUAGUAUGGAAGCUUCUUCGAGAGGUGAAACUCAGCCGAUUAUGGAAACCGUCGCAGUUGUGGAUACUCAGUGAUGGUUUUCGCUGCCGAGAUUUGUUGGAUUCCAGUUGCGUUGAAGAAGAUGUAUGUAUAUCAAUGAGUUUUGUUUGAAAUUUUUUUUUGUUUCAAUUGAAAGAAAACUUGAUGAGCAUUUUUAAGGUUUUUGUUAUAUAUAUAAGACUGCGAUGUUUACAUGA